GAUGAUGACGAUGAUGAUGAUAAUUUAGACAGCAUUUUAGAAUCUGUUAUGACUGAGUUACUCAGCAAAGACAUCCUAUACGAGCCCUUGAAGGAGCUCUCUACGAAAUACCCAGACUACCUUGAUAAUAACAAGCCACCGAAACUGUCGCAGGAAGACUACGACAACUUUAAGAAGCAACACGGCUACGUCAACGAUGUGCUCGCUAUCUUUGAGAGCGACAGCCCAAAUAAGGAUAGU